GUCAGUGUCAUCAUAAUAAAACGCAACUAGCUGGGGGUCUGGACCUCUGCCAUUCUUACAAAAGCGUCGCGGAUCCUCUGUGUGUCUAAGCCAAGUUCAUGCAUCCCCUGCAGGAGAAGUUCUUGCGUUCUGAGAGGACACCUGUGUCGCAGGCACUUGAGGAGUAUCAUAAGAGAGGAAAUGUAUCCAUACGGUUAUAUAAAGCAGAUGUAAAAAUACAAACAGAGAAUAUGCUGGCUUGCUUCUGAUUGAUUGCUCUGAGAAUUUAAAAAGCCAUGCCCCGGCCAGGGAAGAACUCCUACAGUGACCAGAAACCUCCAUAUUCAUACAUCUCUCUGACUGCCAUGGCCAUCCAAAGCUGCUCUGAGAAGAUGCUCCCUCUCAGUGACAUCUACAAAUUUAUCAUGGAUCGUUUCCCAUAUUACCGAGAGAACACUCAGCGUUGGCAAAACUCACUCCGGCACAACCUUUCCUUCAACGACUGCUUCAUUAAGAUCCCUCGACGCCCUGACCAGCCAGGCAAGGGCAGCUUCUGGGCCCUGCAUCCAGACUGUGGAGACAUGUUUGAGAAUGGCAGCUUCCUGCGCCGCCGCAAACGUUUUAAGCUCCUUCGAGUAGAACAUUCGGCAUGCAAGAGUAGCCCCUUGCUACACUCCUACCAUUCUCACCAUCAUACUCAGCACUCAUUGCAUCAGUCCCACCAUCAUUCGGGGAAGCUGGGUGUGGGACAUCCAGAAUACCUGGGCACCAUGGGCCGACUUUCCCACUUCCAGAGCUACACACUCAGUGGUGGGCAGACCGGCAGCUUUAAGCAUCCGUUUGCCAUCGAGAGUCUGAUCGGCCGAGACUAUAAAGGAGUGAUGGCUAGUGGUUUACCUAUUGCAUCGGUCAUGCAUCACCUGGGCUAUCCGAUGCCCCCUCAGCUGGGUGGUAUGGUCAAUUCUGUGUGGCCACACGUUGGCAUGCUGUCCGAGCCAGUGUCAUCAGACUAUCCCCCAUUCAGUGUGGCAGUGAAGGGGCUUUACCAUCAUCAUCCUGGAACCCAGAGCUUGCCUGCUGUGCCCAUGCCCAUCAAACCUACACCGACCCUGGGCACAGUGUCCAGCUUAACUGCCAUUACACCAGGAGUUACACAGUUGUGCCCAAGAACAGCAGCAAUGAUGGAAAGAGAUGCAGCAGCUCUUAUUGAGGAAAAAAGUGCAUCUCUUCAUCCUGCUCACUUGCAGUCUUGAGGCUGAAGACUCACGACAAGGGUGUUUAGAGCACGUUUUGGAUCUCUUUGGACUUAAUAUGCCAACCUUUUCCUGAAGAUCUGUAAUGUCAUUUAAAAACUGCUAAAGAAGCACUUUUGGCUUUGUAUUUUAGGCUUCUUUAUAUUAUGCAGAGGGCAGAUUUUGUCUGAAGUUUGCCGUUUUCUGCUUCGUGUUUAAUGAGGUAUGUGUACACGCUUUAACUUCUUUAAAAUGUAUACUGUACAAAGGACUGUAUAAACUUAAAAGAGAAAAUAAGUAACUGAUUUAGCUUUUUUAACAUUUAAUUAAGCCUUAUACAAGUUAUUAUAACUACACAAACUGUGUAAAAUGAAACAAAAGCUGAUGGGUUUGCAUACAACUAUGAUUUGCACGCUACUACGCUACAGUUAAAUCAACAAAGAAGAUUGCUGUGUAUGUAGAAAAAUAUCCAAUAACCCAAAGUGAAUUUUGCUAAAUCAUUGUAUGUAAAAUAGAAAAUACAUUUAUGUUAAAAAUGUUGUUAUUUAUUGUAAUAAAUUGUAAACUGUAUUUGUAUAUAUGUGUAGAAUAUAAUGACUUACAUAAUUUGAAUUGCACUUGUGGUACUUACCAAUAUAUGAUCAAAACAUUUAAUGAAAGUCAAGCAGUCAAACAGAUAGUUAUAGUAAAUAAAAGUUGCCUUGGCUUAAGUAUGCUAUUUUAAAGUGAUAUGAAUUUCAACUCGGGCAGUAUAACUGUAUAAUUUUCUGAAAAUUAAAUGUUUUUACAGUAAAAUCAUGUCUAGUCACCGCAUGUUUCAGCGCGUGCAUGUGUUUGUGUUAAAUAAGAACAGAUUAAUCAAAUCAGUCGUGUGCUUGUGUGUGUUGUAUAUGUGCCUUCAAUUCUUUUUAAAGCUAAUUCAGUUUUCAAGAAAAGGAAAGGAAAGUACAAUAUUACAGUAUGUUUCACUUUGUAAAUAAUUUAUGUCUCUAUGUAUCAGAUUUUUUCACAAUACUCAAGCAUAACAGCAUAAAAUAGCUUCACAUCCUCACUUUUUUAACAUUAAAACAAAUGUUACUCCAACGUAUAGAAAUGAAAUCCAAGUCUGUUAGUCAAACUACAGAAAACAUGAUGCUGUCCAGCUGAGGAGCAUUUGCCUAAUCAGUUGCUAAAUCCUGG